AGACACAACUUGUCUUGCAUUUUCUGUUACCUAAACCCAUGGAGAAUACUGUUGACCUGAAGGAGGCUGUCCCUCAUAUAGUAUGCAUGCCAUUUCCAGGUCAAGGUCACAUAACCCCCAUGCUCACCUUAGCCAAGCUUCUUCACAACAGAGGCUUUUACAUCACCUUUGUCCACACUGAUUUUAGCUACAGGCGUUCGCUCAGAUCGCUUUCCCCUGUCGGACACUCGGCCACCUUUCGUUUCGAGACCAUCCCCGAUGGCCUUCCUCCUCCGGAGAGCCCUGAUGAUUUCCCCCACGUCAUUCAGCUUUGUGUUUCUACCUCCAUUCAUUCUCUGUCUCCGUUCCGUGAUCUUGUGACGAGGCUCAACAAUUCUCCUGAUGUGCCUCCUGUUACUUGCAUUAUUUCUGAUGCAACCAUGUCUUUCACACUUGAUGUGUCCCAAGAGCUUGGGAUUCCUAAUAUCUUCUUUUGGACGGUUAACGCGUUCACCCUUAUGUGCUACUUGCACUUCUCUCGUAUCCGGAAUCUGGCUUCCCAGCUGCGCCAAGAGGCAGUAGCAGGUACUGAUGUAAAAAAUGGGCAUCUGGACCACAAAAUUGAUUGGCUCCCUGGAAUGGGAGUUGUCCGAUUGCGUGACACGUCAUCAAUGAUUUGGGAACCUGCAUUGCCAGAUUGCUUUGUUGAGUACUGCAUGAAUGAGAUCUCAAGAACAUAUAAGGCCUCCGCGGUGAUUCUCAAUACUUUUGAUGCACUAGAAUCUGAAAUUGUUAACCAAAUCUCAGCCAUCAUAAAUCGUGAUAUGUACUGCAUUGGUCCAAUUCACAGCCUUUUGAACUCUGUUAACUCGGAUGAAAAUACUAAAUCAAUAAAAUUCAAUCUGUGGAAAGAGGACUCGGGUUGUGUGGAGUGGCUGGAUUCGAAAGAAGCAGGGUCGGUGGUUUAUGUGAAUUUUGGUAGCACCACAGUGAUGAGUCCUCAGCAUUUGGAAGAGUUUGCAUGGGGACUUGCCAAUAGCAAGCAAAAUUUUCUUUGGAUCAUCCGACUGGAUCUUGUCGUGGGUGACUCACCAGCCCUGCCUUUGGAAUUUGUGAGCCAGACGAAAGGAAGAGGUUUGUUAGCGAGUUGGUGUGACCAGCAACAAGUGCUGAGCCACGUGUCGAUAGGAGGGUUCUUGACUCAUUGUGGAUGGAACUCAACCCUUGAAAGCCUGUCCGCUGGAGUGCCAAUGAUUUGUUGGCCUUUCUUUGCGGAUCAGCUAUGUGUUCGACAUUGUGUUUGCAAAUUGUGGAGGGUUGGCAUUGAAGUGGAUGAAGAUGUGCAGAGAGACGGUGUGGAGAAGGCGGUGAGGGAGUUGAUGGAAGAAGAUAAUGGGAAAGAAAUGAAGAACAGGGCUCUGGAAUGGAAAGGAAAGAGCGAGACUGCUAUUCUUAGUUCAUGUUCCGGGUCCUCUAACCUGGAUUUGGAUAGAUUGGUGAAUGAAGUGAUUCUAUCACACGGAAAGAGGAGCUAGGGCAAGGCUGAAUUCAAACUGGUGCACUGCAAAAUUUGGAUCAACUGCAAUAUCAUUAAGCAAGUGUCACAGCAUUUUUAAUCCAUUUGAUAUUGUCUAUUAUGUCUCUGCACAUGAUUAUUGUUUUUUUCUUUUUGAAUCUGUUUUGGAGACUCAAUUUAUAUGGCGUAUUCAUCGUCAUAUACUUACAUAAUACAUUUUUUUAAAUAAAU